AUGUCUUCCUCAGAGCUGAUUUCCUACGACGAGGCUCAGAACUCAGCCUUCGACAAUGUCCUCCAUCGAAAAUCAAAGGAGUCAAAGGGCGGAAUGCGAGCCAUGAUAAACAAGGACAAAAAAGCACACGCCGCAGCUGUGGAUGAAUACUUUCAGUUCUGGGAGAACAAGAAAGCUGAAGAUGAAGUUGAGGCUGUACGACAGGAGAGAACUGACAACUACGCCAAUCUCUACGAGUACGGAUGGUCUCAGUCUUUUCAUUUCUGCCGGUUUGCCUACGGCGAAGAUUUCAACCGCGCUAUCGCUCGACACGAACAUUAUCUCGCUCAUAACAUCGGUAUCAGGCCUGGUAUGAAAGUCCUAGACGUUGGAUGCGGUGUUGGUGGACCUGCUCGAGAAAUCGUCAAGUUCACUGGUGCUCAUAUUACUGGGUUGAAUCUCAACGAGUAUCAAGUCCAACGGGCAACUAUCUAUGCCGAGAAGGAGGGACUUUCUGAUAAGCUCAAGUUUGUGCAGGGAGACUUUAUGAAAAUCCCGUUCCCGGAUAACUCUUUCGACGCCGUCUACGCUAUCGAAGCAACCGUCCACGCACCCUCCUUGGAAGGCGUCUACAGCGAAAUCCGUCGAGUCCUCAAACCCGGCGGUAUCUUUGGCGUCUACGAAUGGCUCAUGACGGAUACAUACAACAACGACGAUCUGGAACAGCGCCGUAUCCGUCUAGACAUCGAACAAGGCGACGGUAUCGCGCAGAUGUUCAAGAUCGACCACGGCCUAUCUGCCAUCCAAGCCGCUGGUUUCGAGCUCCUCCACCACGAGGACCUCGCAGCUACAGAUGACGGUACAGCACCGUGGUACUGGCCUUUGGAUAGUGACAUGAGAUAUGCGCAGACAAUUGGCGAUUUUUUCACGGUUCUGAGGAUGAAUAAGUGGGGGAGACUUGUGAUGCAUAAUGUGAUUGAGGCAUUGGAGGCUUGUUGGAUUGCGCCGAGGGGGACGAGGAAGACGGCGGAUAGUCUUGGUCGGGCUGCGGAUGCGUUGGUUGAGGGCGGGAAGCGAAAGUUGUUUACGCCGAUGUACUUGAUGGUUGGGAGAAAGCCGGAGGAGUGUAAGUGA